AAAACCCUUAUUGUCAAGGCCUUCGCUUCAUCUUUCCAUGUGGGUGUGAAUGUAAGAAAUAUGCCGCCCUUGGCUUCAAAUAGGCUUCCUUCAAAUUGGACCACUUUCGACAACUAAUAUGCAAGAGUAACUCUACAAGGCUGAAUUUAUAAUGAUAUGGUUUUCUAGAUGAAAGAAAAUGAGAGGUAGCAUUAUGAUAUACAUGUUCAUUGUAAUAUUAGACAAUAGUGGGUGCUUAUAAAUGUUUCCUUAUUUUGAUGGAGCAAUGGCUUUUCUAAAAGUAAUAGCUUAAUCACGUGGUAAAUGUCUCCAGUCUAAAAGAGCAAUUAAGAAUAAAAUGAUAUAAGCCUAUUUUGGGUAUUGGGAGUUGGUACUUGGUGGACCUUCUUGGCCAACUACCUUAAGCAAGGGAUAAAGAGUAAAGUAGUGGCAGCUCCGCAAGCUUCCUUUUUGUGUGGUUGAAAAUGAAACAGAUAAAACGAGAAAUGAGAUACAAAUAAACAAAAACCAAGGCCAGAGUCAAGCUUACCAUUUACCGAUCCGAACUUCCAAACCCAAUGGCAACUCCAGUGAAGGUGUACGGACCGCCAUUAUCCACUGCUGUCUCUAGGGUUUUGGCUUGUCUCCUUGAGAAAGAUGUGGAUUUUCAGCUCAUUCCCGUUAACAUGUCCAAAGGCGAGCACAAGAAGCCUGAUUUCCUCAAGAUUCAGCCCUUUGGCCAAGUACCAGCUUUUCAAGAUGAAAGCAUCUCACUCUUCGAGUCAAGAGCAAUAUGUCGCUACAUAUGUGAGAAGCAUGCAGAUAAAGGAAACAAGGGAUUGUAUGGGACAAAUCCAUUGGCAAAAGCAUCAAUAGACCAGUGGCUAGAAGCUGAGGGGCAGAGCUUUAACCCGCCAAGUGGAGCUCUAGUGUUUCAGCUAGCAUUCGCGCCUAGAAUGAAGAUCCCUCAAGAUGAAGGCCUAAUCAAGCAAAAUGAAGAGAAGCUGGGAAAACUGCUGGAUAUAUACGAAAAGAGGCUCGGUGAGAGUCGUUUCUUGGCAGGGGAUGAAUUUUCUUUGGCUGAUCUUUCUCACUUGCCCAACACCCAAUACGUUGUGGCUGCAACUGAUAAAGGAGAGCUUUUUACUUCAAGGAAGAAUGUGGGUAGAUGGUGGAGUGAGAUUUCUAGUAGGGAAUCGUGGAAGAAGGUGGUUCAGAUGCAGAAAAGUCGUUGAACUUUGGUGGGUCUUGCAACUAGCUUCAUUUGCUCCAGUAGUAGUUGUAGUGUUGCUAUUCUCGCAUCUUUUGUCUGCUCGACUAUGUUUCAAAUUUUCAUUAUUAUUAUUUUUAACUAUGACUUUGUCUUCCAAUUGAUCCAAUAAUAGCAUAAAACAAUAUUAUGGGCCUGUAUCA